CCGUUUUACAUUCUUUACUACCAAACCGACUUCGUUCUCAUUCCGUUCCUCUCUCGACUUCUCAACACAAUCCCUUCCAUCCUAUUUCACACUCUCUCCCAAGAUGCCUCAAAAAGCUCCUUCCGCGUCCUCCCUCAAGGACCUCUUCAGCCUUAAGGGCAAGGUCGUGGUGGUCACCGGCGCUUCCGGCCCUAAGGGCAUGGGUAUCGAGGCCGCCCGUGGCUGCGCCGAGAUGGGCGCCGAUGUGGCCAUCACCUACGCCAGCCGCAAGGAGGGCGCCGAGAAGAACGUCGAGGAGCUGACCAAGGAGUACGGCGUCAAGGUCAAGGCCUACAAGUGCAACGUGGGCGAGUACGCGCAGUGCGAGGAGCUGGUGCAGACCGUGCUCAAGGACUUUGGCAAGAUUGACGCUUUCAUCGCCAAUGCCGGUGCUACUGCCAACGCCGGUGUCAUCGAUGGCUCCGCCGAGGAGUGGGAUCGCGUCAUCAACACCGACCUGAACGGCACUGCCUACUGCGCCAAGGCCGUGGGCGCCGUCUUCAAGAAGCAGGGCCACGGCUCCCUGGUCAUCACCGCCUCCAUGUCCGGCCACAUUGCCAACUUCCCUCAGGAGCAGACCUCGUACAACGUCGCCAAGGCAGGCUGCAUUCACAUGGCCCGCUCCCUGGCAAACGAGUGGCGCGACUUUGCCCGUGUCAACUCCAUCUCGCCUGGUUACAUCGACACCGGCCUGAGCGACUUCAUCGACGCCGAGACCCAGGCACUGUGGCACAGCAUGAUCCCCAUGGGCCGCGAUGGCCUUGCCAAGGAGCUCAAGGGCGCCUAUGUCUACCUCGUCAGCGACGCCAGCACCUACACUACCGGUGCUGACCUCGUCAUUGACGGUGGCUACACCUGCCGGUAAGGGGAUUUACAGCUGGGGUGUACGAAAAAGAGAUAAAAGCGAGAAAAGAGACAAAAGACAUUCACACAUGUCAACACGAAUAUUACGAGCCUUCAAUCAUAAUGUAGAGAGUUUGGGAUCUGGGUUUUCUUGGGUGCCCGGAACGGCCGGCGGAUCACGUCAGGAUAACCGGGAGGAAAGAUUUAUAAAGUUAUACCAAGGAAAAUACAAUGAAAGAUUAUGAAGACAAAGACAUGAAGUUAAACAC